AAAGAAAGAGUGGGGGCGAUAUUUUGACGGAAAGGCGCAGCUAAAGCGAGUGUGAGGAUGCUAAAGAUAUGAACAUAGCAAGAAACGCUGCGUCACCAAACAAAACAAAACAAGAAAAGCCACUGAAGCGAGUGAGUGAGAGAGAGAGAGAGAGAGAGACACAUCCAAAUCAUGGCUGUUUCUGUAACUAUUUUAGUACUCAUCAUCUCUCUGCAUCUCAUAGCCUUCGUCUUCGCCGUCGGUGCCGAACGACGUCGUAGCGAGGCUAAGGUCGUUCCCGACGAGUACGACGACCGAACUUUCUGCGUUUACACCACCGAUGCCUCCACCGUCUACGGCUUAGCCGCCGUAGCUCUCUUGCUCCUCAGCCACGCCGUUCUUAACGCCGUCACCCGAUGCCUUUGCUGCGGCAAAGGCCUCGUCUCCGGUUGCUCCGCCACUUGCGCCGUUAUCUCCUUCGUCCUCUCUUGGAUUAGUUUUUUGGGAGCGGAAGCAUGCUUGUUAGCAGGGUCUGCGAGGAAUGCAUAUCACACAAAGUACAGAGGGGUUUUUGGGGCACAUGAUUUGUCUUGUGCUACCCUACGCAAGGGUGUCUUUGCUGCUGGGGCUACCUUGACCUUGUUGUCUAUGUUGGCCUCUGUUUUGUACUACUGGGCACACUCCAAGGCUGACACUGGUUUCUGGGAGAAGCACCACAACGAAGGUCUUGGAUUGGCCACACACCACCACCACCAAGGUGCUGACUCUGAUAAGGCCUGAAGGGUUAUUGGCUCAACAUUUGCACAAUUUUGGAUUGGGGGUAAGGGAGGAACGGUGUGUUCAAAAUCUUGUUCCUGUAUUAAUGGGUCAAUAUAUAGUAUUUAUGCUGUAAUAGGAGAAUGUUUGAAACAAUAUAGAUAGAUGGUAAUAGUAUGGUGGUGGUUCAAUAUAUUUCAAUAUCUUGUUUCAAAGUUUUGAAGCUUUCUGCGCAUUCAACGUUUGGCCUCCUCCGGCUAUCUGCUUUUUGUUUCUCACUUGUUCAGUUAUUGUGAUAUAGAAUUUACUUAGUAACUUGAGUAAAUUUCUUACAAACCGAAAGUCUAUAGAGUUUAGAUAGAAUGGUCGUUUAACUAGUCUCGGUGAAAACGGGUUAUCUUGAUAUUUGAAUGUGGGGUUAAAUGGCCCUAUCAAAUAGCUGGGUUGAAAUCUGAUUUGUCGGAGACAAAAAUUGAAAUAUCUAGACAUUUUAGCAUGUUAUUAUUAUUAUAAUGGGCAUGACAUGUUUG